CGAGCUCGCUACAGACGCUUAAUAGUCUUUUUUAAAAAAAAAUAUAAAUUAUACACAUCUCGUAUUUCUCUUUAUAUUAUUUUGUUCCGAGACCCCAUUAUAUUCUUAACCUUUAGGAAAAAUGGCUGACACAAAAGUCGAUACCAGCUCGGAAGUCUCCGCCAAGGACCUUAAAGAAAAGAAGCAGGUUGAGGAGGCAGAAAACGGAAAGGAUGCCCCUGCUAAUGGAAAUGCGGAAAACGAGGAGAAUGGCGAUCCAGAAAAUGAAGUAGAUGAGGAGGAUGAUGAGGUGGCUGAAGAGGAUGAGGAAGAUGAUGGAGAAGGUGAUGAUGAUGAUGAUGAAGAUGAUGAUGAGGCUGAGGGUGGCACAGGAAAAAGAGCGGCUGAGGAUGAUGAUGAUGAUGAUGAGGAUGAUGUUGAAACCAAGAAGCAAAAGACUGAUGUGUAAGAAGCUACUCUGCUGGAAAUCUUCUCAUCCCUCCUUUCCUUAACUCGUCCACUGGGGGAGGAAAAACAUGGUCAUCAUCAAGUAGAGUCCAGCAUCCGUGUACACACACCUAACUGCAGAUUUUGUAGAAACAACCAAGACUUCAAAGCUCUACCUUCUUACAAAAUACUUUAAAAGGAAAAAUUUGUUUGUAUUUUUAUUUACAUUUUAUAUUUUUGUACAUAUUGUUAGGAGGUCAGCCAUUUUUGACAGUGAUCUCUGGUUACAAAACGGUGCUUUGAAGUUGAUGCUUCUCUAUGAAAUAGAUUUUACUUGUGGUUUGACCAUGUCAUGUUAUCUCAAAAGAAACUUGUAAAAAACUACGCAAAAAAAGAAAUGAAAAAUUGCAGAAAACCAUGAAAAAAAAACAUUAAUUCAAAGCAUUCCAGUAACUUUGUGUAUGUACAUCAGUUGUAUCAUACGUAGUUGGAUUGUAUGAGAGGGCAAGGCCAAAAGAAAAGAAUUUUCUUCUUUUCUUUCUUGUCUGUUAAAUUGCUAUCUAUUUGUGGCCUGUUUGAUGUAUGUGUGAAAUUUGUUGUGCGACAAUAAACCGAAAUUUAUUUUGUGAGUUCUUAAAUUUGUUUGUUGUUGUUGUUGUUAUUGUUCUUUUUUUUUCCUUUUAUGACUUCUCAUGAGUUUUUAAUGUUGGAGCUGUAUGGGCAAGAAUAAUUGAACCAGCAUUAUCUUCAGAUGCAGUUCAUGUUUUUCAUCAGCCUGUCAAAAGUAAAUGUACAUCAAUGUAAAUUAUUCAGGCCUUUAAGACUCCAAGAUCUGGUAUAAAUUAUAUUGCGUUAAAUAAAAUUGACUGUGUGGAUUCUUUCA